ACACUCGUUUUUUUUAGGGGGAGGGAAAUAUAGCAAAAAUCUACACUUAGUCACAGACAAACAAACCACACGUCAUUCCAAUUACGUGAUCAGAUGGUGUUUAAAUUUAAGAAGUUGAAAUCGUGACACGGGGUCCGUGAAGAUCUUUUUUAGGAUUAUCGUAGUCAUUCUCUUCUGGAGCAAGGGUUUUCCAUUCGGGCGUCCUUUGCUCCGGGCCAGCAGGCUUUAAUUAGGAUCAGGGACGCUGGUACGUGAGGCCGGGGAUAAAGUGCACCUCGCAGCCAGCCAGCAGUAUUUGCUUGCCGCCGCGUACAACACCAUGCAGUUGGCUGCUGGUAUGCAAUGGCUUCUAACGUCUGCUGUGGUUCUGAAUUCAAUCUCAGGAGUUGCAUUGACGUGCGUCCCGGAGCUGAUCCACCUGAAGUCCAGUCAGAUGGACAAAUGGAACUAUUGGUACAAAAUCAACUUCAAGACAGAGGUGAAGACAGUCACCAUAGAGGACCCGGACGCCUUUGGUCUGGAUGAUAUAAAGGAAAAAGAAUUCAGACUGAAUGGCAACAUCCAUGUUCUGCGGUACGCUGGCGCCGCCAUAUACCUGACGCAGACGAACCUUCUCACCCAUGCGGAAGACAUUUUAAACAACCAGUACCUGCAGGCGGAUCUGUACAAGACGCACAGCAUACACGGGAUCGUUUCUCAAGGUGGAUAUCAUGAAGAAUUAGAACACGACUACUACCCUUACAAGGAAUCAUGGGUGACAAAGUUUGCCGUGUCUUAUUCAGAUGACGGAAAGAACUUCCGGUAUCUCACAAUUGGGGACAAUGUCACUGAUCCUAACCAUAUCCUGGUUUUCCUGGGAAAUACAGAUGGCAAACAAAAGCGUCGCGUGAUGUUCCCAUCUCCUAUCUCUGCCCGCUAUGUGCGGUAUCACCCCAUUCAAGGCAGGGACUCUCAAAAAUCGUCCAUUUAUAUACAGAUGAGGAUGGGGCUCGUCGGUUGCAUUGACGGGGAGUUCUUCCCGUCUUCCCCUGUCAAUGGUGGGUGUGGAAGGAACUACGGGGGUUAUAACUAUUACAGGAGGAGAAAGAAACGGAUCAUAGGGGGCAGCACGUCUGCUCCUGGGCGCUGGCCAUGGAAUGUCAAAGUGCUCAAGUCUACGUUAUCUCACAACCACGGCUUCUGGUGCGGAGGUACACUGAUUCAUCCUCGUUGGGUUUUGACUGCCGCACAUUGUUUGGAGGGAGUACCCACAGCAGAUUACGAAAUUGUUGCACUGGACAAUCAGCGCCGUCGAGCUGUCAAGACUUUUAUCCAUGACCAGUUUUUUGAAAGAAAUAAUCCUUUUAAGCUUCUAAACGAUGUUGGCCUCAUCUACCUUGAGCGAGACUUCCAGCUGGGAUAUGGUGCUAACACAGUCUGCCCCCCAGAUGGCGGAAGAAGAGACUGGGAGUCAAGCACCUGUUAUUUCACUGGCUGGGGAAGGAUACAGCCCACAGGCUAUCACCCAGAAAUGAUGCAGCAGAUCCGGCCUUCUGUCGUUCCCAUGAAUAUAUGUCGAUACUACUGGGGCUACCGCUGGAUGAAACAAGAAGCCAUGAUCUGUACGGCGGGACACCCUUACCUACUGCAGGGCUCUAACUGCAUGGGAGACAGUGGCAGCCCCCUGUUUUGCAAGCGUAGAGACGGUAGCUACACAGUAGAAGGUAUAUUUAGCUGGUUGUAUAGGGAAUGCGGUACAAUGGCCAAACCAGACGUGUUUUCACGAGCCUCGGCACACUGGCCUUGGGUACAAGAAAUCAUGCAUACGUACUCUCCGGGAUAUUAGCGCGAGUGAUAUUCCUAUCACAAGAGCAGUUGUGAUCUUAAUCCGCUCUGGUUUCAUCAGUUGCAGCAAGACAGAAUGGACUUGUUGUAAAGACCUUGCUAAGCAGUUUAUUGCAUUGGAUGCUGGCGUGCUGUAACUGCUGUUCUUGGAGGCAAUAGAUUACCUGCCUGAAGAUCUAGGGAACAGUAUACCAAGGAGGUUGAGACGAUUUCAGGAACUUUAAAGUACGCUUCAUGUCCCUGUACCUCUCUUAUUCAAUCUAAGGAAUUUUAUAAAAUAUUGCAGUUCAGAUACUUCUGCUUGAUACAAAAUACAUUAAGAUUCCUAUAGUUUACGUUCCCAGUUUGUGGGAUCAAACUUAUCCACAUUUAUUUACCUGCAGGUGUGAUACGUUUACAAAUAUAUUUAUGAAAUAUAAUAAUAAAGACAAGAUUUGUACUACCAGCACGCUUUAUUUCCGAGAUGGCAAACUAAAAUAUACAAUCUACACAGCCAUAGGUGUCGUUGAGAAUAAAAUGCAACUAAACAAUAAUUUCCAAAUAAUAACUACUCUAUUUACGAUAUAAUC